AUGCCCAGUUAUGCCAAGUUCCUUAAAAAUAUUUUCAAUAAGAAGAAGAAAUGGACCGAAUAUGAGACCGUAGCUCUUACUGAAGGAUGUAGUGUGCUUCUAACCAACAAAAUACGCCCUAAGCUUAAAGACCCAGGGAGUUUUACUAUUCCUUGUUCUAUAGGUGGUAAGGAGAUUGGUAAGGCAUUAUGUGAUUUAGGAGCUAGUAUCAACCUUAUGCCCUUGUCUGUUUUCAACACCCUAGGCAUAAGAGAAGCUAGACCCACCACUGUCACCUUGCAAUUGGCCAAUAGAAGCAUAGCUUAUCCAAAAUGUAAGAUUGAGGAUGUUUUAGUUCAGGUUGACAAAUUCAUCUUUCCGACUGACUUCAUCAUCAUAGAUUUUGAGGCUGAUAAAGAUAUUCCCAUAAUCAUAGGAAGACCUUUCUUAGCCACUGGUGGAACCUUGAUUGAUGUCCAAAAGGGAGAGCUAACCAUGAGACUCCAAGAUCAGAAAGUCACAUUCAAUGUCUUUAAUUCCUUAAAGUUCCCUGAUUACUUAGAGGAAUGCUCAGGAGUUACUGAGAUUGAUACAAUGUGCUAUGAGGAAGGAGUUAAGAAGGCCUGUAAGCUAGAGGAGGAGGAUAGUGUUGAGAUAGAUGAUGAUACUGUUGAGGAUUUAGAAGGUGAUGUCACAUCUGAUGCUGCAGCAUUUGAGUUGUUGGACAAUAGUGAGCUUAAGAAUUUUACCCCGUCUAUAAUAUCACCACCUGAUCUGGAGUUAAAGCAACUCCCAUCUCACUUGAAGUAUGCAUAUCUAGGAGAGCAAG